UCUCUGACGCAGAGCUGCAGUGACACAGGAAAAGAGCUCAGUGUUGAAGAGCAGCACAUCGUCAAGCUGAAAAUACAAUGUCUCUGUGCUGCAGCUGAGCAUGGCAGUCUCCUUCUACUCUGGUGAGCCGUACAUUAACAUGGAAGUUGGGGAGUAUCAGGAGUUCUCCAGACCUGAACCUGAACCUGAACCUAGAGACAUUGCUAAGGAAGGGAACAAAAAAUCAAGUGAGUAUUUAUAUCAGAUUUUUAAGAUUGAUAUUUCCCUUGUCCGUAAUUGUUAAUCCCAAACUUGGUGUUUUACAGAGUUCUGGAAGUCCCACAAAAACAAGUUUUACUGUGGGAACAAACUGUCUCCUGCACAGAUGAUCAUUUCACUAUACCCCGACAAUGUUUGCUUUCAGUAAUGAUGAUAAACAGUACAGAAAUAAAAAAGUACAACAAGUUCAAGCUAACUGAUGGAUCAACAGUGCAAAGAUAGAAAAUAUGAGGACGUUUACUGUGUGUGUAUUUUAGAGUUCAGACAUCUGGGAGUGGUUCUGCUGAGCUUCAGCCUGCUCUGUGUCCUCCAGGGAGUCCUUAACAUCGCUCUGAGACUGGCUCUCAGUGAGCCCUGUGUGAAAGGUAGAUAACCUCAGUCCAACUUCCAAGCACACUUUUUAGCACCUUUGAGAUGAUGGUUUCAGUUUUACAGCCUCUAAAAUUACACUUCAUGUUCACUGCUGUCUCAUGGCCCUGCUCUGUAUUAUGUAACAUAAUGUUUUGUCAUGCUAUCUCUGAUAAGCCCAGACAGAGGGACACAGCUGUCCUCAGGGAUGGUUAAUGUUCGCCUCCAGCUGUUACUACAUCUCCUCACAGCAGAAAAACUGGGACGACAGCCAUGAGGACUGUCUGCAGAGAGGCGCCAACCUGGUGGUCAUUGACAGCAGACUGGAACAGGUAGCUCCACACACCUGUGCGACACCUCAAAUUGAGCAUUAUGUAAGGUUAAAAUGAUCAACACCAUGCUGCUUGUAGAGCCGAACAUUUUAACAUGAAGCUCCAUGGAGAAUGACUCACUUUUUGAGCCAGCCUCCAAUGGACACAUGAGGAACUGUAGUUUUUUGGACUUGACACUGAAUUACAUGAAUAAAUUUAGAAAGAUACAAAGACACCUGUGAUCCAUCACCUUCUGUGUGUUGGUGUAUGCUGUUUAUUGGAGGGUUGUUUAUUACAGGCCUUUCUCAUGGGAUUCACCCCUGCAGCAUGGGUCGGGAUGACAGACAGGGAUCAGGAGGGGAAGUGGGUCUGGGUGGAUGGAACAGAAGUAAACAAAAAAAGGUAAGAAACUCAAAAAUGUGUACAAGAAAUUGGACCAAGCCAAUGAUCUGAAUUCUCAGAUUAAUAAGGAUUCUGGUCUAAAAAUAGAAAAAUCUAAGUUUGGAUGUACAUCUGCUUUUACGUAAUUAGUUGAACUUAUGUCUAUGAACAUGAAUAUCCAAAUGUACUCAAAAAUACAUUGUUACAGUGGUGGUCAUUUUCUGGUUAAUAUUGUUAUCAAUAUUUUUUGUUAUUUUUAUUGUUACUAUCACAAAAGGGCCAACGGGGGCCCCUGUCAGGGUGUGUGUACAUGAGACGAUAAGAUUCUUCAUAGAUUUCAAAUAAUUAAUACUAGUAGCAUUAUGAUAUUAUAUACAAGGAGCACACCUACAGCAAACAUUCCUUUUUGAGUAUUUAUGUAUACAACAAAAAUUGGGCCAUUUCAAAAACUCCAAUAAUUGCUCCUUUUUAUAAACGUGUCCCAUUGACUUCAACAUGAAAAAUUUCCAUAGUUUUUCACAUAUUAUGUCCCAAAAAAUUUGUAUACAAUAGAGAAAAAUACUAGCACACCGAUCCUGAUCAAACAGGACAUUUUGAUGUAUAAUUUGUCCUACAACUCUUCAAGUUGUCGGACUAGGCAAAAUUGGGUUUGACAGAGAAAUUGUGCAAAUUAGGCCAUGACGUCAUCUAGCGACUUUUACGACAGCCACUAGCGACUUUCCCUACUGAGGAGUUGGCAACACUAGAACUUUGAGGUUUCUCUCAAAAAUCCUGACAGUAAGCCUAAUGCUAAUCUCAAGUUGUGAAGAAAGAGGCAGAAUCAGACUUGAACACAAAAACUAAAUUGUCAGUUUAUACUCAGAAUACAAAAGAAAAAGUCAGAAUUUUUCAGUAAUCAUACUCGGUGUCAGAUUCUUGACAAUCUCAAUUCUUCGGUUCAUGUCAGAGUUAUGACUUUAAUCUCAUUAUUCUGACUCUGGCUUUGAAAUCAGAAUUUCAUUUCAGAUUUUAAAGUCACAUUUUUAACUAAAUCCAUUUUCCUCAUUUUGGCACAGACAUUUGACAGCCAAAUUAUUGUUAUUUUUGUCUUCAGGUUGCUGUGGGCCCAAGGUCAGCCUGACGGAGCAUUUGGAGGAGAGGACUGUGGGGACCUCCGUACCAUGAUCUCUUUUCUUGGCUUAAACGACUAUAACUGCAGCUCCAGAACCCAGUGGAUCUGUGAGAAAAAGAUCCAGUAGUUCCAACUGUCUCAAUCUGUGCCACACUCAGUUAGCUACCUUUAACUCCAUCAAAUUGUAUAGGUGGACCUGGUGUCUCCGAGGUGAUGUCCUUAAAUCUGUCUCUUCUACCAGGACCAUGAAAUGCCCAAAUGUCCACACACCUGCAUGGACUAGCACCAGGGUGGUUUAUUUGAUCUCUUUUUAGUAUAUUUAAUCAAAUCACUUUCCAUCUCAGCCUCAUUUUAGGAUCCUUUUGGCUCAUUUAAAGCUGUCAGUGGUCUGAUAUUUGCAGACUUUUAUGACCUUAUCUCCUAUUUUUUCUGUUUCUCUGCUCUUGUUUUUGCUUGCAGUUAUUUACUGAUUGACCAUUCUACAUAAAUAAUUGUAAUAACACUUCCUUGUCUUUGUAAAUAUGAGGUCAAGCUUUAUGUCUUUAAUAUUUUAUUUGUUGUUUCUGUUUCUAAUAAAAUCAAAGUGUCAGACUUUCUCUCACACAAA